ACGAGAAAUAGCCCAAAGGGGCCAUUGACGGGGAUCGAUCCUAGACCGAUCGCGCAUCAAGCCAGCGCUUUACCACUGGGCUACGUUCCGCCCCUUAAAAAUACAUAUAAAACAAAUACAAAUUUUAUCAACGGAACAAAGGAAGAAGGAUGAACUUGCCUAUAUGUAUCGUAAUAAACAUAUUUCCGAUAUCGAGACUAUAAACAGGCAUUCCUUUCCUAUUAUUCGCAGUCAAGAAUGAAACGGAAGUGCAUCUACGUCACGGCGAUGGUGUGCACAAUACUGGGGAUCGUCAAGUGUCAAGUGGAUGAUUCUGUCUAUGUUGUAGAUGUAAAUGAAAAAGACGUCAUUGCGAAAGCCCGAGAGAUUGCCUGCAAGAAAAACGAUUGCGAGCAAAUUCACUGUCCAUCGAAGCGUGGUUGGAAUCUACUUGGUUCUGAUCUUGGAUGCUGUAGUCACUAUCAAGGCUGUUGCGAAUUUGCGUCAUUGUUCUGUUGGGUGCAUGACGUCAUGUGUCGUUGCUGUGACUACGGUUUUCUCAUAUGUGGCCCGUACUGCAAGGAAGACACGGAUUGUGUUGACCGCAUGAUGGGAGACGGAAGCGGCGAGCCCAUAACAUAGCAUUUGAUGUGCACGUGUCAACAGUAUCACUGUCAACAAAAUGGCUGAUGAUACAGCGCGAACCUGAAAACUCUAUACAUUAAAGGCACAAUGUUACACUGA